UGGCAAUUUAAGUACAACGCGACUUGUUCAACGAAAAACAAACCAAUAUCAACAACUUUGCUUGACACACAAAGAAUGAAAAGCAGCUCAAAAUCAGAUCAUUCAAAGAAACUGGUGGUUGUAGGAGACGGCGGUUGUGGCAAAACCUGUUUGUUGAUUGUGUUUUCUACCGGCACAUUCCCAGAGAGAUACGUUCCAACCGUGUUUGAAAAUUAUAUUACGCAAAUCUCCUACAAACCCAACGGCAAAAUUAUUGAGUUGGCUUUAUGGGAUACUGCUGGACAAGAGGAGUACGAUCGUCUUCGCCCUCUUAGUUACCCUAACAGCAAUGUUAUCUUGCUCUGUUUCUCAAUUGAUUGUCCUGCCUCUCUGCAUAACAUCACUGAAAAGUGGUUUCCAGAAGUUCAGCAUUUCUGUCCACGGACGCCCACAAUGCUAGUUGGUCUCAAAUCUGAUUUACGACAGGAUAGAAAUGCUGAAGAGGUUUUACGUACUCAAGGUCUUACACCCGUAACUUUUGAACAGGCUCAAAACGUGGCAUCCUCCAUCAGUUCACCUUAUGUGGAAUGUUCUGCUAAAGAAGCUUCAGGGAUCAAUGAUGUGUUUCAACUCGCUGUAAGCUUAACCAUGAAAAAAUCAUUUUCAUUUUCGAAAAGGUCUUGCGUCAUUCUUUAAACAUCUCCUCUCCCUCUUUUCCUCUCCUUCUCUCUUUCCUCUUUCUGUAUUUGGGUUUCAUGAAUUUUUUGGCUCUUUUUAUAUUCCCUUUCUAAUGACCAAUAUUUUUGUUGAUUGUUGAUUAACCUGAAUUGACAAUAUCUCUCCUUUUUUAUUUAAAAAAAAUUGUCAGUUGCUUUUCUUUAUUUUCUUUAAUUUGUAUUGUUUGCUUACGCACGAUGACGAGUACAAUGGCUUCUUCUUUUAUAUGUCGUCCAUAUCAAUAACAGAUAUCAACUAAUUUGUUUUCUUUUUUUUAAAAAAAAAAAGAUAUGUAUAGUACCCAUCGUUUGAUAAUUGCUUCUAAGACC